AUGGAGGGAGGAGACAGUGCAGCAGGCCCUGAUAGACAAACUGUCCCCUUUAUGUCUCCAGUACCCAAUACAAUAGGCAAUCCUCAGCUUGGGGGGCCCCUUGUAGGGGCCCCUAUCCAAGGGGGGCCCCCUGUAGAAGACUCUCUACAGGAUAGUGACACAAAUGGGUACUCAAUGCAUGCACAACAGCGAGGAGACAGUUAUGAGAAGAGAAUACACAGGGGGCCUCCAAGGGGCCCCCCAUUAGUCUAUGAGCUCCCUGUCAUCGAACCCAAGAAUAGGGGGGCCCCCCAUGGGGGCCCCCAGGGCCUUCCCCAGGUCCCUUCCAAUGGGGCCCCCCAGGGGGCCUCCCAGCCUCUUCCUCAAUUGUAUGAGGGGCCCCCAGGGGCCCCUAGGGUUUAUGGGGCCCCCCAAGACGGGCAGGGCCCCCAGGGGUUUACUUAUGAAUAUUCCCCUCAAGGGCCCACUGGAGUGUCUCUAGGGGCCUCCAAUGUUUAA